GUCCUUAUCCCCUUGCACGCGAUCCUAUUCCCCUUUUUAGAUCCACAACUUGGUUCUACCCAAUUGGGAGGGCUCCUGAGCAUGGAACAUAUCCAGGAUUUUGCAAUAUGUGCACGGCAGUUUACUGCAAGGCGACUUACACUACGGCUUUGGCCCAAUGUUCAACUUCAUCUUCGAGCGCUCGUUGAAUCUCGACCCAACGCGCAGGGAUACCUUCACUGGCUCGAAAUCAGAUUUGCUUGGUUCUUCGUAAAGCUCGCUGGCAUGAAGGAUGCGCAAAUUACAACCCAACAAAUUCUCAGCAUUCACCAAGCGGCAAUUGAGGCCGCUGAAGCCUUCAAUCGUACGGGCUCUGUCAAGAGAAACGGGAACGACAGCAGAGACCAUCGCUUCAUUAGUGGCCAGCAAGUCGAGUCUUUCAAGAUCAAGCCUCUUCUCCGUGCUCUCAUAAUCAUCAUCGUUAAGAGAAUAGACAGACCCUUUCUCAAUGCUUUACAAAGAAUGUGACUUCACG